AUGCCGCCAAAAAAGCCUUCCACCCCCUUGCCAAAGGGUCAAGCCUCGCUUUCCAACUUUUUCGGAGCGGGCAAGGGGGUUGGCUCCAGUCCAGCCUCCUCUCAAGAGGCACGCGCCAAUCCUCGUACCGCACCAACAGCUUCACCAACAAGGAACGCCUGCGCAGCAAUCGGUACCGCCUCCUCAAAGUACUUUGCCUCGAAAGCAGAGACUUCCUCCUCCACUCGACGCUCUGCAACGGCAACCAAAGCUGACCCCAUGGUCAUCGACGAUUCAGAGGACGACGAUGUUCACGGCGAGAAGCCUGCUUCAAAGCCUAGACCCAAGUCAAACGGUGGAGGCUCGGCGAAAGCAAGCCCGAAAAAGACCGCGACCAAGCGCAAAGCACGCGCAGAUUCUUUCGACGACGAAGAUGACGACGACGAGUAUAAUGACGACGGCGACUUUGCUCCCGCCCCCAAGAAACCUGCCGCAUCUUCGUUGAAAGCCAAAUCCCACUCCACCGCUCAGCCUGCUCGUCGCGCUGCAGCCACCGCCAAGACCAUCAAGAUCGAUGAUUCCGACGACGACGACGACUUCGAAGAUCCCCCACCGCAGGUUAAAAAGGCAACUAUCAAUGGCGUCAAGAAGGCGCCUCCUGCCAAAGCAUCUCCAGCCAAGAAGGUAGAUGUCGACUUGGAGCCUGCACCAGCCCCAGCCGCACCAGCCAAUUGGAGAGAGAUGGCCGCUCGUCGUGCCGCCGGUCCAUCCAACCCGGGCUCUAAAGAGAUUCCUCAGGGCCAACCCAACUGUCUCGCUGGUCUCACCCUGGUCUUUACCGGAGAGCUCACGUCCAUCAGCCGUGACGAGGCUACCGACCUUGCCAAGCGUUACGGCGCGCGGAUCACAGGUGCACCCUCAUCAAAGACGUCCUAUGUCAUCGUUGGAGAAGGCGCCGGUCCCAAGAAGAUCGAGUCGAUUAAGAAGAACAAGAUCGAGACCCUCGACGAAGACGCUUUCCUCGAGCUCAUCCGCACCCGCGGCGCCGGCCAGCUCGACGAAAAGGCGAAACAAAAGAUCAAGGCCGAGGAGGAAAAGAUCAAGGAGGUCGCCAGAAGCAUGGGUCCGCCCAAGGAUGCCAACGUCAAUCCCGCCGAUCUUUCCAACAUGCUCUGGACCACCAAAUACGCUCCCACCCAGAUGAAGGACCUCGUCGGCAACAAGGCUGCUGUCGACAAGCUCGCUGCAUGGCUCAAGGCCUGGCCUGACUCGUACCGAAGCAACUUCAAGAAACCUGGUCCCACCGGUAUGAACGUCUACCGUGCCGUGCUCGUUUCCGGCCCGCCCGGUAUCGGCAAGACGACUUCGGCGCAUCUCGUCGCCAAGAUGGAAGGUUAUUCGCCCCUUGAAUUCAAUGCUAGUGACACGCGUAGCAAAAAGCUCAUCGAAGGAAUGCUCCAAGACACCAUCAACAACAAGUCGCUCGAUAGCUGGUAUAGCAGCGCCGUCAAGCAGCAAUCUUCAUCCACCGAUCUUCCGCGCAUCCACGAGCGCACCGUCCUGAUCAUGGACGAGGUCGAUGGCAUGUCCGGUGGUGAUCGGGGCGGCGUCGGCGCCAUCAAUGCGCUCAUCAAAAAGACAAAGGUGCCCAUCAUCUGUAUCUGCAACGACCGACGCAAUCAGAAGAUGCGUCCCUUUGAGCAUACCACCUACAAUCUCUCGUUCCGCAAACCGGAUGCCAACCAGGUCAAGUCGAGGAUGCUUUCCAUCGCCUUCAAGGAGAAGCUCAAAAUUCCUGGCGAAGUCAUGGCUCAACUCAUCGAAGCUGCGCAAAGCGAUAUUCGUUCCGUAAUCAACAUGCUUAGCACCUGGAAGCUGUCCAAGAACAGCAUGGACUUUGACGAGUCCAAGUCGUUGGGUGCCGAGAACUCCAAGCCUGGCCUGCAUACUCCCUUUUCGCUGUACAGCGAUCUGUCGGCACCAGGAAUGUUCAACGCCAACUCGAAGAAGACUUUGAACGACAAGGCCGAUUUGUACUUUCAGGAUCACAGCUUUGUUCCGCUCAUGGUCGCCGAAAACUAUGCCAAGGCCAAACCCGUGUUGGCUGCGAGGGAAACGGGUGCCCGCCAGCAAGUCAAGCAUCUCGAGCUGCUGCGAAAAGCCGCGGAGAGCAUCUCGGACGGUGAUCUGGUAGACCGGAUGAUCCACGGCGGAGAGCAGCACUGGUCUUUGAUGCCACUCCAUGCAAUUGCUUCGUCGGUACGCCCCUGCUCGUACAUCUAUGGUGGCACCGAAGACGGCUUCCCUAGCUUCCCUGCUUGGCUGGGGCAGAACUCGAAGCAGCAGCGUCUCACGCGUGCCGUGGUGGAUCUACAGGCCAAGAUGCGUCUCGUCUGUUCCGGGUCGAGGCACGAUCUUCGACAGCACUACCUGCCGAGCAUGUGGUCGAUGCUCAUCCAGCCGAUGGUCGAGCACGGAGCCGAGGGAGUCGAGGACGUGAUCCAGCUCAUGGACGACUACUACUUGGGCAUUGAAGAUAGGGAGGCCAUCUUGGAGUUGGGGUUGGAGCCCAACAAUGCCGAGUCUAUCAUGAAGAAGGUGCCCAGUGCAGUCAAGGCCGGCUUCACAAGGAAGUACAAUGCGUCCAAUCACCCGAUCGCGUUCAACAAGGCUACGGAUCUGAGUGGGGUUAAGACCAAGAUCGCCAAGAGCGAGGUUCCGGACUUGGAGGAUGUGGUGGAGGAAGAGGAGGAGCCAGUCGCGGAUGCGGACGAGGAGGACAGGGAUGAAGACAAGGACGAUUUGAGCAAGGACAAGCUGGUCAAGAAGCCCAAGGCUGCGGGCGCGGCAGGAAAGGGCAAGGCCAAGGCGAAGACGAAGAAGUGA